UCUGUCAGCUGACGGGCGGCAAGUCUUGUCGGCUUCACUUCUUCAAGACGACGAGCGGACAUUUACAAUGUCUGUCAGUAUCCAGCCUGUCCAGUGGACCACUGACUGCAAGGAUCAAACUUUUGAUGGCAUUAUCUUGGUAGCCCAAUGUUGUGAGCAGCUCCCUGAUGUGCUGGAGUGUUUAAAAGCACCCUUGCAGGACUACAGUGCAGUGGACAGUGGCAUAGGGGAAGAAGUCGUGGUUGUUAAGGUUCCUGGUCUCCCUGGAAACAGAUUGGUGUUUGCCUCCACUGGUCCAGUGAAUCGGGACUAUGAUGAUGUCAGACGAUUCAGCGAUGCUGGUGCUAAUGGCAUUAAGAGGGCUCUGAAAGCUGGCAUGCAGUGCCCUCUGCUGGUUUGCCCCCAACACAACAGCUAUGCAAGAAACACCUUAGCGGCCAUACUGGGAGCCCUGCAAGCUCUCUAUGUGCCUUUAGAGGUGAGGGAACUGAAAUCGACCCUCCAUAAGGUGGCCAUGCUGGGCAUCUGGGUGGAAGAUAAGUCAAAGGGAGCAGACAUUACUGAGCUGGCCACUGCCCUGGAGAGUGGCAGGUUCGUAUAUCGGGAUAUUGGUGGCUCUGACCCAGAGCGUAUGGCUGCCCCCCGUGUAGCCGAUUAUGUUCAAACAGUCUUCAAGGACAGUCCUGUAAAAGUGACAGUCGUGAGCGAUUUGAAUACUCUGGAGAAAGAGUAUCCCUGUUUGGCUGCAGUAAACCGCUGUGCUAACACUGUGCCACGUCAUCAGGCCAGAGUGAUCAAGCUGCUGUACUGUGGGGAAGGACCCAUUCAACAGACUCUUAUGGUGGUCGGCAAGGGAAUUACAUAUGACACUGGUGGAGCUGACAUCAAGGCUGGUGGAAUCAUGGCUGGAAUGCACAGAGAUAAAUGUGGAUCUGCUGCUGUUGCUGGCUUCUUCCAGAUCCUAGCCAAACUAAAGCCCAAACACCUCAAGGUUGUGGGUGCAAUGGCAAUGGUGCGGAACAGUGUUGGUUCUGAUUGUUAUGUAGCAGAUGAAUUGGUGGUGUCGCGUGCCGGUCACAGAAUCAGAGUUGGGAACACUGAUGCUGAAGGAAGAAUGGUCAUGGUUGACUUGCUGUGUGAGAUGAAGGAGCAGGCAUUAAGGGAAGUGUCUCCCCAACUUUUCACAAUCGCCACUCUGACUGGACAUGCCAUCAGAGCCGUGGGACCAAACUACUCGAUCAUAAUGGAUAAUGGUGCUGCUCGCCACUUCGGGAACGCUCUGCAGUGGCAGAAAGCGGGAGAAGUUCUUGGAGAUAUGUUUGAAGUGUCCACUAUUCGUCGAGAGGAUUACGAGUUCCACAAAGGGAAGUCUGAGUACGAGGAGAUCCUGCAGUCAAAUAACCUACCCUCUUCUGCCACACCACGCGGACACCAGACGCCUGCCGCCUUCCUUAUCAUGGCCUCUGGACUAGACAAGCAUGGACUGGACUCUGACAACCCUCUGCCUUAUUCCCAUAUCGAUAUUGCUGGAUCCAGUGGCCCCUUCCCUGGAGUCCCAACAGGUGCUCCUAUCCUUGCCAUGGCGACAAAGUACCUGCAGCUCUAAAUAUCCAUCCAAUAUGUAUUUUCUGUUUUGGUGUUAUACCAGUUCUCUGAUUAAUGACUUUCAUUUCAGUCUUAAAUCUGCUACAUCUAAUACACCAUGUUGAUGUAAGACAGACAAAUAGUGGCAUUUGCUAGUUAUAUCCAUCUUUGUUAAUUGUCCAUUUUCACCGUCCAGCUUUUCAUCACCCUGAUAACUUUUCAUACAUGCAAAAAUAAAUCUUUUCAAAUCCUGGAAAACUUCUACACGCCUCUGUAACACAGACACCCAUCUAAUCCAUUUUUUUGUCCUGUGCAGACCCUCUAAAUCAGCACGAUUACCAAAGUGUUUAUUUCCCUUUUCUUAAUCUGUAGCUUUACAAUUUUCUCACAUGUACUGAUAUUAAAGAGAGACUGAGUAGCAGGAACUUUAUCUAGCAAUAUUGAUGUGAGAAAUAAUACAUAUGUUAAACCCAUUCAUUUUAUACAAGUAUAGUCCAGAAUUUGACAGACAUUUUGGCAAACAAAAUUAACAUGAUGCAUUCUUCUGUUUCCAAAUGUAGCAACUGUUUAGUCCAGUUGCUUUGUAGCCACCAUAGAGGAAACCCUAACCCAGACUUGAUCUCUUUCAGAGUUUCCAACUGAUAAUUUGGGCUUUGUGGUGCUGUUCAUGUGCUCUCAGCUCAUAAAUGCAAUAAUUCUGACAUGACAUUGUUAAACAUUCCCAUGGAGGGAAUGGUCCCAACCCAGUCUUUGGAAAUACACACCACAAAAAUUACCUGGUGCACUCGGAAAAAAAUUAAUAGUUGUAGUAGUCAGAAAAAACAUCUAGAUCACUAAAAACAUUUGCUUGAACACAAAUAAAUGAAACUAUACUCAAUCUGGUGAAAGCAUCUUAUGUAUCUACAACAAACUUAAAGGUGCACUCAGUAAUUUUUUUCCUCCUAAAGAAAUUAAUAGUAAUUUUGAAGCAGAUGACUAAAAUCAUGACCACUCAUGAGGAAUCCAGUCAUAUCAGUAACCUUAUAAAAGUGGUUUUAUUUUACAUGGAGGGGUCUCCUCAUGGCAGCUGCCAUGUUAGAAUCACAUGACCAGCCAGAUAGGCUUCUCAAUCUCAGUAACCACCCUGUUAUUGGACACUUUCAAGAAUUAAUCAUGGCUGACUGUGAAUAGUGAAUUUCUACAUGGCAUUGGUAACUGAAAAAUAUGGUGUAUGAAUGAUGCUGCAUCCACUUCAUUAGGGGUCAGUGUCCAAACAAAUUUGUAUGUUCUUGAAUGCACUCCUAGAUAACUUCUGAGAGGUAAAACAUGUUACAUCACCACAUAUCUGUUCCACUCAAUUCCAAGACAGCAUAAAAAAAUCAAUAAAAAAAAUUACUGAGCAUCUUUAAGACUAUUGCUGAUCUGGACUUUCAGAACAUCAAAAUAGGUAUGUUCUAAUUUACAAGUUUUAAUUAUGCAUUUUUAAUGAAAUCAUUUAAAUGUAAACCAUUAUUGAAUGCAAUCAAGACUGUAAUGCAAUGCCAUUUAAUUACAAUCAGAAAAUAGUUAAUUUAAAAAAAUGGUUGAAUUUAAAAUUCAACAAAUAUGCUACGUAAAUGUGUACAGAAAUGUGAAUUGUAAAAAUACAUCUUAACAAAAAAAAAAAGACCCAACACAAUGCCAGUGCAUAAUCCUUUAUUCAUUCCAAAUUAUUCUGUAUGCAGGUUCUGAAAUCACAGAUUUCUUCAGAUUUCAAAAAAGAAAAUAAAGAAAAAAUAAACCCUCAA